AUGUCUACUUCGAUGGCCGUACUUUCCUUUGGCUUCAAUUGCUGGAGUGCCGCUCAUCUACGGAUCGCUGCUGCUGCGGUAUUCGUUGUCGUCCUCGUCUCCUCUGCGCUUCUGCUCGUGCUGCGCAAACAGAAUUUGAAACAGGAUAGCGCAAUAUACACCUAUCUAAAGUUCUUCUAUGCAAAUUUUAUAAAGCCUCAUGAUUUCCAUGGUGAGGGAGGCCAGCAACUUGCUCUGGAGAGUUUCUAUAAAACCCAGGCCGCUGUAUACGAUGCAUCUCGCAAACGACUACUUCGAGGCCGCGAAGAUAUGCUUGGCCUAUUGGCGGCGCAAUUGAAAUACAAGAAGGAAAAGGGACAGAGUCUCUUGCGGAAGCCGAUAUGGGUUGAUAUUGGUGGAGGUACCGGAUACAACAUCGAGGCAAUGGCUGCCUUUCUUCCUGUGGAAUCGUUUUUUUACCACAUCUAUCUUGUUGACCUCUCUCCUUCACUCUGCGAGAUCGCGCGUCAGAGAUUCGCUCGACUUGGUUGGAAGAACGUUUCCGUUGUCUGCCAGGAUGCGAGGGAGUUUCGUCUCCCAAAUGUCAUAAGGGAUGAACUUCAGAAUUCCAAACUCAUAUCACACUCGGAAAAUGGCAAGGCAGAUCUGAUCACAUUGAGUUAUAGCCUAUCCAUGAUACCAGAUUUUUACAACGUUGUUGAUUCAUUAACUUCUCUAUUGAGUCCAUUUGGAACUAUUGGUGCCUGCGACUUUUACGUGCAGAGUAUCGUCGACCUGACAUGUCGUAACUACACUGGUGGCGUGUUCAAUCGACAUGUUAACUGGGUUGGAAGAGCAUUUUGGAGGGCGUUGUUCGAUGCAGAUCGCGUUGGGUUGGACGCUGCUCGCCGAGAUUAUCUCGAAUAUAGAUUCGGGACAAUGCUAUCAGCUAGCGGAAGGAAUUACCUUCUCGGUGGUAUUCCUUAUUACAUUUUUAUUGGAUGCCAAAAGGAGAUUUAUGCGAGUCAGUUGCAUCCUGGAAGUAAGGAAGUACUCGAGAAACUCAAUGCGGUCUAUACGGAAUCUCCAUAUUUGUCUGCAACGAACCAUCGCUACGAACCAUCAAAAGAGAUGAAGCGACAAACAGCUGAAAUCAGAUCUAAAGCUUACGAAUCAGCUGUCGUCAACUUGAGCGCGAAUUUACCUCUGCCGUCUUCGUUCUACCAAAAUCACCAUUGGCGGAUAUAUUACAACGAUUUACUGAACAAGCAUACGCAAUUUGGGAAUGAGUAUAUAUACGCGUUCACAUGGGAGGACCCUCGCGUGGAUUACCGGUUGUUGAACAUUAGCAGUGACGACGUUAUUCUGGCUGUAACGAGUGCAGGAGAUAAUGUCCUGGACUACCUUCAGUACAAUCCGCGAAAAGUACACGCAGUCGACCUUAACCCAACCCAGAAUCAUUUACUUGAACUCAAGGUCGCGAGUUUUACAGCAUUGGGUUACCGCGACUUCUGGAAGAUUUUUGGAGAGGGUAAACACUCUGACUUUAGAGAUCUGUUAAUCUCUCAUCUCAGCCCUCACCUGUCCAGUCAGGCAUUCCAAUACUGGUUGGACCAUGCAAGUGCUAUUAGCUCUCCAUCCGGGGUUGGUCUAUACGAAACUGGAGGUUCUCGAUACGCGCUCAAGAUGGUUCGUUACCUGUUUACAAUUUUCGGGCUUUCUGCGGAUGUAAAAAAGCUAUGUGAAGCCCAAACAGCAAAUGAACAACGCGAGAUAUGGCCCCGAAUCCGCCGUGUCCUCAUGAGUCGACCGGUAUACUGGGCUGUGGUGGGCACGGAAUGGUUCACCUGGAAGGCAGCAGGAGUUCCUCCGUCGCAAAGAAAUAUGAUCGUCACUGAUUUUCUCGAGAGAAGCGGGCUCGCUGGAGGAGCGAGAAAAGACUCAGAAGUUAGUGGCCAAGCUAUCUGGGAGUAUGUCGUCAACACUCUGGAUCCAGUUGUCAAGGAUACUUUGAUUAGCAACGAUAACUACUUUUACUACCUUUGCCUACAAGGUCGAUACUCGAGAAGAUGCCAUCCGAAUUAUCUAACUCCUAGAGCUCAUGUGAAACUCUCUGCGCCAAAUGCUUUUGAUGGGCUCCGAAUCCACACAGAUGAGAUAAACGAGGUAGUUUCGAGAAUCACACCAGGGACCCUAACAAUUGCGGUGAUAAUGGACUCAAUGGACUGGUUCGAUCCCUCAAAAGAAGAUGCGUCGAAGCAGGCAAGAGCUCUAAACCACUCCCUUAAAAUGGGUGGUCGGAUCCUCCUUAGAUCAGCCUCGAUCAAACCUUGGUAUAUCAAGAAUUUUGAAGAGAAUGGCUUUACAACGCAACGCCUUGGUGCCAGGUUCCCCGGCUCGUGCAUCGAUCGGGUAAAUAUGUACGCCUCGACGUGGAUCUGUAAGAAGACAGCAGAGAUCACUCCUGCCAAUGGUGAUGCCAGUACAACUUCACCGUUAACGCUGGAAAGAAUAAAUUCAUCGUCGAGUGUGGACGAUCUUGAAAUUUAG